ACUUUAAAAAAAUAAAAUUGUUUUCCUUAAAAACAAAAAAAAAGAAAAUUAAAAGAAAGCAAUAAAUAAUUAAAUAAAUAAAAAACGCGGCUGCUCUGUACACCAAAACCAGGGAGAGUCCGUCUCUUUCUCUCUCUAUCUCUCUCUCUCUCUCUCUCUCUCUCUUUCUUUCUCUUUCUCUCUGUGCUAAUCGAUUCCAGCUAAAGAGAUCGCACCCAAAAAAAAAAAUCCAAAAAAUUAGCGGUAAAAAAAACAAUAAAAUUUUGGAGAUCUUUGUGUUUAAGUCGCUUUCUUUUUGUUUUUGGAAAUUAAACCGUUUAAAAAUUUUGGUUAGGUGUUUGGAUUCGUGAUCGAGUUUCGGUUUUUGAUAGAAAUUAGGGCAAAAGCCCCCUUUCCCUUUGGUGGGUUUUAUGGAGUUGUAAAAAUUGGUUGGGAGAAACUUGUGGGAUUGGAAUAAUAGAGAAUUAUGUUAGAAAACUUGAUUAUUGGGGUGAGGUUUGCAUUUUUGUUUGAAUCUUUUUUUUGUUGAAUGAUUUCGUUAGGGAGUAACGAUGCGAGGAAGGGGCUAGGGUUAGGGUUUGGUGGAAGAGAAAUGGAAGAGACUGAGCUUGAAGAAGGAGAGGCUUUCUCUUAUAAUAACAAUAACGAUGAUUAUGAUGUCAUCACAGACCCCGAAAAUGAUCUAUCUUCUCUCUCUUACAUAGAUGAGAAAAUUCAACAUGUUCUCGGACAUUUCCAAAAAGAUUUUGAAGGUGGAGUUUCUGCAGAGAAUCUAGGGGCAAAGUUUGGUGGGUAUGGAUCAUUCUUACCUACUUAUGCACGCUCUCCUGGUUGGCCUCAUCUGAAGAGUCCGGCAAAAGUGCAAAGCUGCAAUGCACGUAGAUCCCCAAACAAUAUGCCAUUGGAGGAUGGCCAUCCUAACUCAGCAUGUUCAGCAAGUGGUUCCAAGUCACUGAGGCCUGGAUCAACUCCUACAAAUUUUGGAACCCUCCCUGCUUUGAAGUCAUCGUCUGUGAAUGAUUUGAUUAAACAAGAGGUUGGCAGAACAUCUGCUCACGCUGAUGAGCUUUCCUCUAGGUCUGAAUUUGCAAACCAGAAAGCUGCCAAUCUGCCAGACCAGAAAACACUGAAGGUGCGAAUCAAAGUGGGUUCAGAUAACUUGUCGACACAAAAGAAUGCUGCAAUCUACAGUGGUCUUGGCCUUGAUGUCUCACCAUCUUCCUCCUUAGAUGAGAGCCCUUCAGAAAGUGAAGGGAUGUAUCGGGGGACUCAAGAGCCAUUUUCUCCAACUAGUAUUCUUCGGAUUAUGACUUCCUUCCCAGUACCUGGGGAGGCACUACUAUCACCUCUCCCCGAUCAUCUACUUAACUUGAUUGUAAAGGAAACCAUUCCAAAAGAGAAUAGAUAUGAUUCUGGAAAGGGUGAUGGGAUAUUAUUGGGUGACAAGGAAAUGAAGCCAGUGGAGAAAAAGGAUUUUCCAGCAGAAAGGAAGAGUGGCAAUAACAGGGAAAUAAGGAAUGAUAAUGGUAUUCCAUCAAAGAAGGAAGUAGAUAAUGACACAUUGGCUUGUGAGGAGCUUGUUUCAAAAACAAUGAAGCUUCCUCUUUUAUCUAAUUCAUAUUCUGCUGUUGACAAGGUAAAAAAUAAGGGCAUGGCAAAAAACAAAGGUGUCCAAGAUGUGGCUAUGGAGGAGUCAGUGGAGCCAAUGCUUACCCAAGAGAUUGGCUGGGAGAAUCUAAGGGCUGGUUCAGUUCAAAAGGUUGUGGAAGAACAAAAGACAAGUUUUCUGGAGGAUAUUUCAGGCUUUGUGAGAAAAGAUGGGUAUAAUAAAGCAGACAAAACUUAUGUUUCUGUCGAAGCUGACUCUAAUACUCUAAAAGGUAGCAAGGCUCUAAAUAGUGAAUUGGUAAAUCCUUCCAAGCAGAUCAGCCAGAGAGCUACAUCACAUGAACAAGACAAUAUGAAGUUGCCUCUUGCAAAGGAGCAUACCUCUUCUGGUGGAAAAAGAAAAUCAAAAGGCAGUCAGAGUCAUGGCAAUCUAGCUGCAGAGAUAACAAAAGAAAGCUUGGGGGUUGGUUCUUUGGUGCUGAAAAAUAAGCAGACUGCUCACUUGAACAAUUAUACAAACAAAAGGGAAUUGGGAGACCAAAAAUUAGAAAGAUCAUUUCGAAAGGCUGUAGAUAGAUAUAGAGAUUUUUUUGGAGAUAUUGGAGAAUCAGAACAGGAAGAGAACCAAACAAGUUCAUUGGAAAUUCGUUCUGAAGAUCGGCUGAAGGAAGCUGAUAAGAUUGAAAAAAACACCUCAGCCAUUAACAGUGCACACAGUGAUAGACUAAGUGAUAAGAAAAGUGAGGAUUUGUUGGCAACCGAAUCAUAUGCCAGAGCAACUUUGGAUGGUGCUUCUAACUCAAUCAAUGUGAAUGUUGCUGGAACUUCCCAUGCAACUGCAGCUCCUGUUUUGAUAAAAGAAAAUUGGGUUUGUUGUGAUAAGUGCCAGAAAUGGCGUCUUCUUCCAAUAAGCAUAAAUCCUGCUGAUUUACCUGAGAAGUGGUUAUGCAGCAUGCUUAAUUGGCUGCCUGCAAUGAAUCGCUGCAGUGUUGAUGAGGAGGAAACUACAAAAGCUGUUUUCGCAUUGUAUCAAGUUCCUGCUGCAGAGAGUCAAACUAAUCUGCAAAGUAAUCCUGGAAAUAUUAUGUCUAGAUUACCUUCAGCCAAUGCCCUGCAAACUGACCAAAACCAACGAAGUUUUGGUUCACAUGCCAUGCCCACUGCUGGAAGGAAGAAACAUGGUUUAAAAGAAAUAUCAAAUGUAAUGGAUAAAGAUGGGCCAACUCCUAUGAAGAAGAACAUGCAGUCAACAGUCCGAUCUGGAAGCCUGACUAAUGUGACUCGAUCUCCUGUGGUAGGUGAACCUGCUUUACAGCAUCUAAGCAAAUGUGAUUUGCCUAUCGAGAAACACAAAAAUAAGCAGAAAGAGGAGCAUAAAUUUUCGGAACACUGUUCUGAUGGAGGUGAUGCCAAAACUUUGAAGAUUAAAGGCAAAAGGAUUACUGAUCAAGAUUCUUCAAGGGCCUCCAAGAAAAUUAAAGGUGAAAAUUUGCAUCAUGCUGACGAAGAUUGGAUGUUUGAGCAUACUGGUAAGGUGGGGCCUAACACAAGUAAUGGUUUGCUUACCAGAACAGUAGGAAAGGAUCAGCCUAAACACAGCGAUUGUUCUUAUAAGGAUUCAAAGUCGGAUAAGGACAGGCAACAGGUCUCUGGUAAAAGACUAAAGGACAAAGUUCAGGUUUCCUUAACUGAUGGGUCACUGGAUGUGGCGAAUUGUGAUGGUGGGGAAGCAUUAAGAAAGAGGAAAGUUGAUGACUGCAUUGAUAGUAAAUUAUAUGCAAGUUCCCUCCAAAGUAUGGCUAAUCAUCUCCAGGAUAGCAGAGUGUUUGUGAAGGAAGAGUUCAGUGAGAAUGAGUACAGGAGGGAAAAGAAGGCCAGGGUAUCCAAGUCUGGGGGGAAGGAUUCCUCUGCAAGUAAAAGCAGUGGUAAACUGGAGAAAAAAAGUAGACAAACAAAGAAUCACCUAAGUGGGCAAGAUCUAGGUAGCUCUCUGUCCCAACGGAGCUUAGAUGGUAUGGAUUCAUUGAAAAGGGAUUUUGGAUCUGCCCAACCUUCUUUAGCAGCUGCCUCAAGCUCAUCUAAGGUUUCUGGUUCACGUAAAUCAAAAUCUGGUUCGCUUAAAUCAAAACCUUGCUUCCAUGAAACAAAAGGCUCACCAGUAGAAUCAGUUUCUUCAUCUCCUAAGAGAAUUGCUAAUCCUGAUAAACUUCCAUCUACAAGGAGGAAUGGUGCAGGGAAAGACAAGUCUCGUGAUACUUGUCUUUUUGUUGCAGGUAGUCUAAGAGGAUGCUCAGAUGGUGAAGAUAAUGGUAGGAGUGACAGGUCAGGGACAGUAAGGAAGGAAAACACUUCUGCUGCAGCUCAACACGGGUCUGUUGAGUCCUCUGUACUUGAUAUUCAGGAUAAGGAUGGUGGUCAAUUAAGUGGCAGUAAAGCUAAGGCACCAGUUGUAUCUUCUCCUGAUUUCAGAAAAGGCCAGUCUAUAAAUGGUAGUGUUGAUUAUUUAGGCCAAGAGUCUCAAUAUGCUGGUAAAUCAACAACAAUAGAUAAACACCAUGAUGAGGAUAAUGCCAAUGUCUCUCAUCCAAGAAAGUCGGGCAAGGGGUCCUCACGGUCAAAGGACAGGAGUCAUAAUUUUAAAUCUGAUUCUGCUGAUGAACAGAAAGAUUGUGAGCAUUUGUAUGAGGUAAAACCUAGGGAUGGUAGAAAUAGAUUUCAGGAGAGGCCUGGAGUCAAGUCCAAUGAAAGUGAGAAUAGAUUUGUUGAUAAUAAAGAAUCUUUGGGAAAAUUGUUUGGUGAGAGUAGUAAAAGAGAGAGUCAAUCAAAUGUUGGUCGCUCAGAUGCUAAACCAGAUGCUAAAACAGAUGCCACUGGAGGUCAAGAUGUAAUGUCUACUGUGAAGCAGAAUAUUGUACAGGAUAGCGAUGGUGAAAAAUAUACAAAGAGGUCCCACUCUCACAAAUCUGAUCAUGCAGAAAUUGCUUCUGGGAGAGGGAACUCGCUGUCAUUACCACCCUCAGGAGGAACUCAAAAUGAGAUGCUGACUCAUUGCCCCCGACCUGUUUCUGGUUCCCGAAAGGGAAAUGGAGCUGACGGAUCUCAGGAUGAUGAUGCAUUGAAGGUACAAAAACCAAUAAAGAAGGCUGAUCAUCAAAAUGGGACUCAGCACAGUAGUUCAAGGCAUACUGCAUCAGGUGGACGUAGGAUCAGGGAUGGUGAUGCCCCAAGUCCAAUGAGAAAGGAUUCCUCAAGUCAGUCAGCUACCAAUGCUUUGAAGGAGGCUAAAGAUUUAAAGCAUCUGGCUGAUCGUUUCAAGAACUCUGGAUCAAAUGUGGAGAGCACAGCACUUUACUUCCAGGCAGCACUGAAGUUUCUUCAUAGUGCUUCUCUACUGGAAUCUUGCAACAGUGAGAGUACCAAACAUGGGGAGAUGAUUCAGUCUGUGCAAAUGUAUAGUAGCACUGCAAAACUUUGCGAGUUUUGUGCCCAUGAAUAUGAGAGAUUAAAGGACAUGGCUGCUGCUUCUUUGGCCUACAAGUGUAUGGAGGUGGCUUAUAUGAGAGUCAUCUAUUCUUCUCAUGGCAAUGCAAGUAGAGAUCGAUAUGAGUUGCAGACAGCUUUACAAAUGGUUCCUCCUGGUGAGUCUCCUUCUUCUUCUGCCUCUGAUGUUGAUAAUUUAAAUCACCCAACAACAGCAGACAAGGCGGCUUUUCCAAAAGGUGUUAGCUCUCCCCAGGUUGCUGGAAAUCAUGUUAUUUCUGCUCGAAACCGUCCCAACUUUGUGCGAUUGCUCAAUUUUGCACAGGAUGUAAAUUAUGCAAUGGAAGCUUCAAGGAAAUCGCGAAUUACUUUUGCAGUUGCCAAUGAUACUUUGGGAGGGGCUGAUAGUGGGGAGGCUAUAUCUUCUGUGAAGAAGGCUCUUGAUUUUAACUUCCAAGACGUAGAGGGAGUUUUACAUUUGGUACGAGUUGCAAUGGAGGCCAUUAGCCACUAAGAAAAAAAUCUGGUUUGUGAGAAUGGUUUUAAUACUAGAGGAAAUUUCAUUUUGAUGGUUUAUCCUUUGGUAUGAAGUUCUACAAGAGAAAAAUAAGAGGGGAUGGCCAGCUCUUCCUGCUGCAAUAGUUAACACUUGCAUUUAAGAACUGGCAAGUGAAAGCAUUCUAACACUCUGUAAAUAUGUGCAACUCAAGAUAAAUCUGGGAUUUUCAGCAUAUUCUUUCACAAGCUUCAACUGCUUCUGACAUGGAACAAGCAUUGUUAAUUUCCUUCUCUUGAUGGUAUUGAGACAUGGAUUCAUAAGGUUUAUAUGCGAAAUUGUUCUAAGUUGUAUACAUAGGUUUUUCUGCUCCAAAAGAAUUGUUGUUGAAGAAAUACUUUUAUAAAGAAAGAGAAGCCAACUAUAGAUUGAGGCCGAAUGGUAGAAGUCCAAUAGUAGAGUUUGCCAUUGUUUUGGCACUACCGUUCCCCAGAAGCAGUUUUAGUUCAACUGACUAAUUAAUUUGGUGAUGCUAUUUUAGUUAGAGACCUCUUUAGGAAAAUACCGGGAUAUGCCGCAGCAUCUGCUUCCUCCUUUGCCAGAGGGACUGCUGUUUUCUUAGUUAAAGCAAUUACGAAGAAGAGCACUGUAGUUGGCCGUCUCAGGUCAGCCACUGUAGUACCUGUCAUGGUAUAUACUGGUGAUUAAUCAAGAUAAGUUGAAAGAAUGUAGGAGAAAAUUCGUUAUUUUCUUUUUUCCCUUUAAAGUAAAUAUUUAUGUACCAUAAACAUAUCUUUUUAUGGCUCUCAAUUUGGGAUGUGGCAAGUACUUCUGUUUGUGGGAGAGAUCAAUCUAUUAUUUUCAAGUUCACCAUCAUGAUGCUGAUAGGUUGAAUAAUUUUGGCAAUGGAUGGAACGCAAUGGCGAAUUGGCUCCUUGUGCUCCCUCUAUUUCAUUAUUGUCGCUAUUUCACCCGUACAUAUCUCGGUUGCUAAACUCUGGUUUGACAAUUUAUACGACAAUUUCGACGCCUUUGUUGUUGAUUUUUUUUUUUUUUCCUGUAUGCGCAUAGGCAAUGACAUUUAUGCAAGUCUUUCAUCAAUAAAAGUGGAGCCGCUUUUGGUUUUGUAUUUGGGUAACUUCGGCCUUCCACAAUCCACAUGAUAGAAGAAGGUUGGUGCGUGUGGCGUGGUGGGCUAGUGUUCCUUUGGUUUAUCAGUAACCUAAGACUAGAAGCUUAAAUCAUUUUGAAAUCAUAUUUGUGAAAGGAGAAGUUAUUCGCUAGUUUCCAACUCAUGGUUUCUAAAGUAAUUUUUUUAUAAUAGAAAAAUUAUUAAGAGAGAAAAAGAAAGAAAAUAGAUCGGAAAAGCAGUUUUUGAUGUUUAUGGACUUGGACACUCACUGUAUUCACAGGUACAGACUAUAGAAUGCUUUAUGACAUUUUGAAUCUCCGAGCUGAGACUUAGUCUAACCUUUUGAAAAUAUUAGAAUAAAUAUAUGAACCCAUUGAUCAAAUAAUAAAACCUGAAAAAAUAAAUGGUGAUUACGCAAUUUUAUAUAAAAAUAGAAAAUCAAGAUAAACAUAUACAUAUAUUUAUCUUUAGAUUCUUUUUCAAUCCGUUAUCUUAUUUGCAAU